UCCCAGGCACCUCUGGGCAGGUUAGAACCACUGACCUUUUUCUAGUAGUUGAGUGCACACUGACACAGACUGUCUCACAAACAGGACUUAGGCUCUGUGCUGUGCAUGCUGAUAUUCCCUCGUCUGUGGUAUCUUUCAGAAACCUUGGUUGUGUAGUGGUUAAGUGCUGGGACUAGUAACCAAGAGGUUGGCUGUUUGAAUCUGCCAGGCGCUCCUUGGAAACUCUAUGAGGCAGUUCUACUCUGUCCUAUAGGGUUGCUGUGAGUCAGAAUCGACUCCAUGGCAGUGGGUUUGGUUUCUCUUUUUUGGUAUGGUAUCUUUCACAAAAGCUGGUCAUAUUCCCCUUAAGCUGAUUGCACAACCUGCUAAUCUUUUUGGAAAACACCUCAGAGUGGGACAGCUAGGAUGUUGGGUGUGAGCAUCUUCAAUUCUGAAACUGUUUUCCAAAGUGGCUGCACCAGCCGACAUUCCCGCUAGCAGUGGGAGAGCGUUCUGGGGCGACAAUCCUCACCAACGCGUGGUAUCACAGAUAUUUAGUUUUUGCCAGUCAUGUGGUGUGGAGCAGAACCUCAGUGUGAUUUCAGUCUGCACUUUCCUGGGGACUAAUGGGGCUGAGCAGCUUCUGUGUUCCUUUGCCACUGGGGUUUCCUCCUUGCCUGCCCAUUUUUCUGUGGAGUUAUUGACCUGGGCUUCCUAGAGAAGGGAAAGGGGCCUGCUUUGGUGGAAGUGUGGGGCACCUGACCACUGAGAAAGGAGAGGGAGGUGAGGGUGGAAUCAUACGGAAAUGUGGGUGAGUUUGUGAAGGGUCUGGUGGGAGCUGAGGGGGGUGAUUGGCUGGGAUGGAAGGGCCGGUGGUGCAUUGGGCUGGUCAGUUGGGGAUGUUCUGGGGCUGGUGUUGGGGACAGGAAGAAGGAUACCUGGGCAGUGCUGGGAGCCUGUUGAGGCUGGACACUGUAGUCUGCACAUGGGCAGCAUCACUGCCUGUGGAAGAGGGAAAAAGGAGGAUGACUGGAUGGGUGUGGCUGGAAAGGUGGGCGGUCAGGGCUAAGGGGAGGGGAAGGGAUACGGGGUGCGAUGGGAUGUGGCUGGAAAGGCCCAUUCCUCACCAAACUCUUGCUUCUUCCUCAGCUUGUGGCUUCUCCUUCGAGCAGGACCCUACCCUCAGGGACCCAAUGGCCAUGGCUCGGCGAUGGCCAUGGAUGGUCAGUGUGCGGGCCAAUGGCACUCACAUCUGCGCGGGCACCCUCAUUGCCUCCCAGUGGGUGCUGGUCGUGGCCCACUGCCUGAUGAAGCGUAACGUUGCCUAUUCUGUGCUGGUGGGGAGCCCAGUGAUGGAUGAGCCAGCGCAGCAUGCCCACAAUGUCCCAGUGGGCCAGGUCAUCGUGAACCGCAGGUUCCGGUCCCGACGGUACUGGUCAUGGGUGGGCCGGGCCCACAAUAUCGGCCUCCUCAGGCUCCAGUCGACACUCAAGUACAACAAGUAUGUCUGGCCCAUCUGCCUGCCUGGCUUGGACUUUGAGAUGAAGGACCGUUCCAUCUGCACUGUGACAGGCUGGGGACUCCCCAGGGCUAACGGCGUAUGGCCCCAGUUCCGGUCCAUUCAGGAGAAGGAAGUCACCAUUCUGAACAACAUGGAAUGUGAUCAAUACUACCACCGGUUUUCCAAAAUCCCCACCAUGGUCCGGAUCAUCAACUCCCGUAUGAUUUGUGCAGAGGACACCAAUAGGGAUAAUUUCUGCUAUGAGAAGACCGGUGAGCCCUUGGCCUGUGCUGUGGAGAGCACAUGGUACCUGGUGGGAAUGGUGAGCUGGGGCCCAGGCUGCAACAAGGGCGAUGCCCCACCCAUCUACCUUCAAAUCUCUGCCUACCAACAGUGGAUCUCUGACUGCCUCAAGGGGCAAUCCCCAACCCUGGUAGCCCCAUCCAGGGCCCUGUUCCUGGCACUCCCUCUGCCCCUUAGGCUCCUGGACACUCUCUGACACUCUGCAUGCUGUCUCCGGGAGCGCUCUGUUUCACCCUGACCCCUCAUAGCCCCGAAGGCAGGGCAGAGACUAGGUGCUCAAUUAAAUGCUUC